AUGUCUGACGACGUAGGAACAUGGCAAAACGUUCCCCUCGCACCACCAGAUAGCAUCUUCAAGCUCACCGCAGCGUAUAAAGCUGACACGUUUGCUCGCAAGAUCAAUGUUGGCGUAGGUGCUUAUAGAGAUGAUGAUAAUAAACCUUGGGUCCUUCCCGUCGUCAAGAAGGCAACUGAAAUCUUGUUGAAUGACCCGUCGCUCGAUCAUGAAUACCUUCCGAUCACUGGUCUGCCGGAGUUUACAAGCGCUGCGGCCAAGCUCAUCCUUGGUGCCAGCUCGCCGGCUAUUGCUGAAGGUCGUGUGACUAGUGUGCAGACUAUUUCAGGAACGGGUGCGAACCACCUUGGAGCACUCUUCUUGUCUAGAUUCUACCAAUGGAAUGGUGAGGCCAUCAUUGGAUUGAGUAGCCCAACAUGGGCCAACCAUCACGCAAUCUUUAAGAAUGUUGGCAUCAAGCCAAUCGAUUAUCCCUAUUACGACCCACGUACGAUCGGUCUGGACUUUGAAGGUUUCCUCUCGGCCCUCCGGAAUGCCGUCCCACGAUCUGUAUUCCUCUUGCACGCAUGCGCACAUAACCCGACCGGUGUAGACCCCACCGAAAAGCAGUGGGAAACCAUAGCCGAUGUCUUCCUCGAAAAAGGCCAUUAUGCUUUCUUCGACUGCGCAUAUCAGGGAUUCGCAAGUGGCGAUUUGGAUAGAGAUGCCGUUGCCGUUCGGUAUUUCGUUCAGAGGAAGGUCCCCCUGCUUGUGUGCCAGAGUUUUGCGAAGAAUGCUGGGCUGUAUGGAGAACGUGUGGGUGCACUGCAUGUCGUGGCAGCCUCGCCCGAUGAGGCGGCCCGUGUGAAGAGUCAACUUUCGGUUCUCCAGCGGAGCGAGAUUAGCAAUCCUCCAUCACAUGGUGCUCGCAUUGUAUCCUUGAUACUGAACAAUCCCGAUCUAUUCGAGGAGUGGAAGCGAGAUAUCAAGACGAUGGCGCACCGCAUCAUCAACAUGCGCCACGAGCUUCACGGUCUUCUCACUCAGGAGUUCAAAACCCCUGGAAACUGGGAUCACAUCAUCAGCCAAAUCGGAAUGUUCUCGUUCACUGGGCUCAAUGUCGUGCAGAGCACGGCUCUCGUUGAGAAAGCGCGUAUAUACCUUACCUCAAAUGGUCGUAUUUCCAUGGCGGGGUUGAACUCGAAGAACAUUCGAUACUUUGCUGAGAGUCUUGAUAAGGCUGUUAGAGGAACGCUGUAG